AUGGCUACUAGUGAAUCCUUAAAUACAAGACGACAGAAUCUUCUUCCAAGCGAAGUUUCAGAUAAUAAAGAAGAUGUUCAAUUGAUUUGGCUUGAUGAAAAUAUGAAUGAUUCAGAUGAUUAUCUUCUUACUCAAACAAUGUUAACUGAACUCAACUCAGCUGUUCAGUUUUAUUCUUAUUUUGAUCGAUGUCUCGAUUUAAUCAAAUCAAUCAAACAUGAACAAAUCUUUCUGAUUGUUUCAGGUGCUUUUGCUCAACAAAUACUUUUACAAACUCACCAUUAUCGAUCUUUAGUUGCUAUAUUUAUUUUUUGUUCUAACGAUCAACAUUAUAAAUCAUUAAUGGAAGAAUAUAAGAAAAUUAUUGGAAUAUUUACUGAUCAAGAUGAAUUAUUAAUAUCAAUUCAAGAAAAAAUGAAUCUAGUCGAAAAACAAACAUUAACAUUUAGUCUUUUUGAUCAAAAACAAAAAUCAUUAGAAGAUUUAUCACAAGAAACAGCAUCAUUUCUAUUGCAUCAAAUGUUAAUUUAUGUUCUAAAACAAAUAUCACAAGAUGAACAAUCAAAAAAACAAAUGCUCGAUAUGUGUCGUGAUUAUUAUAAAAAUAAUAAACAAGAAUUAAAGAAAAUUGAAGAAUUUGAAAGUACUUAUACUCGUGAAAAAGCAAUUGAGUGGUAUACAGAUGAAUGUUUCCUUUAUAAACUAUUAAAUAAAGCACUUCGAACUGAAGAUAUUGAUUUACUCUUUACUUUUCGAUUCUUUAUUAUUGAUUUAUGUUCAGCUAUUGAACAAGAAAAUCAACUUUCAAAAAAAAAAGGAAUAUUAACUUUGUAUCGUGGAACACAAAUUCAAAAAGAAGAAUUUGAAAAAAUAAAAGAAAACAUUGGUAAAACUAUUUCAACAAAUGGAUUUUUAUCAACAUCGCGAAAUAUCAAUGUAUCACUUAAGUUUAGUCAGAUCAAUGCUGAAUUAAAUGAUUAUGUAUCGGUCCUGUUUCAGAUUAAAGUGAAUACAUUACUGAAAACAGUAGUUUUUGCUCAUGUUGGAAAUAAAACUCGGAUGAAAGGUGAAGAAGAAGUUCUUUUUAAUCUCAAUUCACUCUUUAAGAUUGUUUCUGUCUGUUUUGAUUCUAAACUUACUGUAUGGAAAAUAGAAUUGAAUGUAACUGAUAAAGGUGCAGUAAAAGCUGAAGAAUAUCUUUCAUUAUUGAAACAACAGAUGCAAGAAUACACAUCACUCAUUUAUUAUGGUCGACUUCUCUUGUAUGAAUUAGAUCAAGUGGAUCGUGCAGGAAAAUAUUUUAAUAUGUUAUUGAAAUCACUUCCACAUGAUCAUCCUGAUAUUGCAGCUGUUUAUAAUAAUAUUGGUAUAAUACAUGAGAGGAGAAAGGACUUUAAUUUGGCAUUGAAAAACUAUGAGAUAGCUUAUAAGAUGCGUCGAAAACAACUACCUUCAAAUCAUCCUCAUAUUGCUGGUUCACUCUACAAUAUUGGUUGUAUUUAUAAAGAAAAAGGUGAUUUUAACACAGCACUCAAUUAUUUUCAACAGGGUUUAACGAUUCAGGAAAGCUUAUAUUUAGGCUAUAAUCUACAAAAAGCAAUUAUAAUCGAAAGUAUUGGGAUAGUAUACACAAAUAAAGAAGAUUUCGAUACGGCUCUUACUUAUUUGUUUCGUGCUCUCAAGAUGUAUAAACAUGUUCUCCCUGAUCAACAUUCUUAUAUAGCAAAAUGUCUCGGUUCAAUAGGAUAUGCUCAUGAGAAGAAAGGUAAUUUAAAUAUUGCUCUAAAUUAUUAUCAACAACGACUAAAUAUGGAAGAACAAUAUUUACCAUUCGAGCAUUCAAAUCUUUCAAUUCAUCUCGGUUCGAUCAUCCGUACUUAUAAAAAGGUGAAUGAGAUUGAUAAAGCCUUAGACUUGUAUCAACAAAUACUUCUUAUUCAAAAAACUCAAUUAGGCGAAAAUCAUCCUCGUAUUGCUCAAACAUUAAUGAUCAUGGCUGAUUUAAUUGAGGACGACAAUUCAAACGAAGCAUUACAAUACUAUGGACGAGCUCUAUCUGUAUUAAAGAAUUGCACACCAUCUGAUUAUCAACUCAUUUCUGAAUGUUUGACAUCAAUGUCUUGUGUAUAUUCCGUUUGUGAUAUGAGAGAAGAUGCAUUACGAUGUGACCUUAAAGCACUUGAACUCUAUCGUCAAACAUUGUCUUCUGAUCACACUAACAUCGCAAACAGCUUAAGAAAUAUUGGCAUAGAUUAUGAAAAAAUGAACAACUUAUCCGAAGCACUUCGUUAUUUUAAUGAAAGUCUUUCGAUGUAUCAAGCUAAUUAUGGACCAGAACAUGAAAAGGUGAAGAGAGGCAAAGCAGACAUUGCCCGAUUGAAAAAGAAACAAUUGUCACCAUCAUCUCAUAUAAAGAAGAAUAAAAAAAAUUCAGACAAUAAGAAAUCGUCUACUGUCGUUAAUAGUAGAGCGUGUUUAAUUCAAUGA